CUAACAACCAAUCGUCACCGGGUCAUCUCAUAUAUCCGAUUCAUAUUUUUCCUCCAUUCUAUAUCCAAACUCCGAACCCUUAUUCUUUCGGGUCGUCUCAUCGGAUCUCUGUAAGUAUCAACUGGAGCUCCGACACAAGGUUCAGUUCCAGCUUCGUUUCUCUCAAUUUCUCUAAGGAUUGGAUGGCAUUAUAUCCAUGCAAUGGAAAUUUCUAGUGAGACUCCUGCUAAGAGAUCCAAGAGAUUGACAUCUGUUGUCUGGAAUCACUUUGAAAGGGUUAGAAAGGGAGAAAUUUGUUAUGCUGUUUGUGUGCAUUGCAAAAAGAAACUUAGUGGAUCAAGUAACAGUGGGACCACUCAUUUGAGAAAUCAUCUGUUAAGGUGUCUAAAGAGAUCCGAUGUUGAUGUUUCUCAAAUAAUUGCUGCAAAAAGAAAGAGAAAGGAUAGUACUCUUUGUGUCACAAAUGUUGCCUAUGAAGAAGGGCAAAGAAAAGAAGAAAUAGUCCGGCCUCUUAAUUUCAAAUUUGAUCAUGACCCAAAGAAGGAAGAAAGCAGUCUCCCUGUCCCUGUCAACAUUGGGUGUGUUAAAUUUGAACAAGAGAGGAGUAGACUUGAUCUUGCACGUAUGAUUAUGUUACACGGCUAUCCAAUGGCCAUGGUAGACCAUGUUGGAUUCAAAAUCUUUGUGAAGAAUUUGCAACCAUUUUUUGAGUUUGUGACUAAUAGUGCCAUUGAACUUGACUGUAUGACUAUCUAUGCAAAAGAGAAACAGAAAAUCUAUGAAACAAUACACAAUUUGCAUGGAAGAAUCAGUCUUGCUGCUGAAAUUUGGGCUUCAACUGACAACACAAGAUAUCUGUGUCUGACUGCUCACUACAUCGAUGAGGAUUGGAAGUUACAGAAGAAGAUACUGAAUUUUAUUACACUAGAUGUUGUUAAUGCAGAUGACCUACUUUCUGAAGUUGUUAUUAAAUGUUUGACUGACUGGGCUAUUGACCGGAAGCUGUUUUCAAUGACUUUUGAUGAUUUUUCAGGUUAUGAUGAUAUGAUCUUUAGGAUCAAAGACUGGCUAUCACAAAACAAGCCUCUUUUAAAGAAUGGUGAGUUGUUUGAUGUGCGUUGUGCAUCAAAUGUCUUGAAAUCUAUAGUGCUAGAUGUCAUGGAAGCACUUCGUGGUGUGACCCUCAAGAUCCGAGAAAGUAUAAGACAUGUGAAAAGUUCACAAGAAACUCUUGGAAAAUUCAAUGAGAUUGCUCAGGAAGUUGGUAUUAACAGUGAAAGGCAUCUAGUUCUUGACUGUCCAAUGCAAUGGCAUUCCACAUAUAUGAUGCUUGAAGCUGCAUUAGAAUAUCGGGGUGCCUUUUCUCUCUUGCAGGAGAAUGAUUCUGACUACAAAAUAAGCCUAUCAGAAAAAGAGUGGGAAUGGGCAAGUUCUGUUACUGGUUAUGUAAAGCUUUUCGUUGAAGUUACUAAUGUUUUUGCGGGAAACAAGUACUUAACUCCAAACAUAUAUUUCCCAGAGAUAUGCGAUAUUCACAUCCAAUUAACAGAGUGGUGCAGAAGUACUGAUGAUUUUCUUGGCGAUAUUGCAAGGAAGAUGAAAGCCAAAUUUGACCUGUAUUGGAGUAAGUGUAGUUUGUCUUUAGCAAUAGCAGCUAUCUUGGAUCCCAGAUUCAAGAUGAAGUUGGUAGAGUAUUAUUAUCCCCAGAUUUAUGGGAGUGAUGCUUCAAAUCACAUAAAAAAUGUAUCCAAUGCUAUAAGGGAACUUUUUAAUGAAUAUGCUACAGAUUCAACUUCACUUGAUCAAGAACCUCUUGGCCAGGGAAACUCACCCAGUACUUGUACUGGAACUAGGGAUCGACUCAGGGGCUUUGACAAGUUUCUAAAUGAAACUUCACAAACUCAGAGCGUGGCAUCAGAUUUAGUCAAGUAUUUAGAAGAACCUGUGUUUCCACGCAAUUAUGAUUUCAACAUAUUGAACUGGUGGAAGGUUCACACUCCUAGGUAUCCAAUAUUAUCUUUGAUGGCACGUGACAUAUUAGGAAUUCCUGCAUCCACUAUUGGGCCGGAAUUAGCAUUCAGCAAUCAAGUCCGAGUUCUUGACCAGAGUAAGAGUUCACUCCACCCAAAUACUCGGGAAGCUUUAAUAUGUGGUCAAGACUGGUUACGGUUAGAAUCCGAAGAGUCCAGCUCAUCCCUCAACCAUGCAAUACCACUUAUGAUUGAGCCUAAUUAACAUAUGAAUGGUUAAACGAAUGGUUGCUGGAUCAGGUGAUUGGUACAUGCAUUUCUCAUUAUUUCUAAACUUGUUGCUCAGUCACAGUGUGGAAUGAUUAGAUGGAUUUCUAAUAAACAUAUACUCCAUAAUUGUUAACUCUAGAGAUUAAUAGCUGCUUUUACUUUAUUAGGUUUAUUUGUGCCAAUUUAGGGUAUAGUUUUCCUUGUUAUCUGCCAUUAUCAUUUCAUACCCUUUGCCAUGUUAGCUUACUACAGAAUGAUAACAUGGCCCUGUGGCCAAAUGCAUACAGUUCCUGAUAGUACAAGUUAAUUAGUUUAUGUGA